AAUUGUACUCUAGAUGUCAGUAUGCUCUCAUUAUAAAACGGUCUUGAAUUUCACACCCAUUUGCGUCGACACACAAGUCAGAUUUUAUUGUUGUGUAGCUCUGGUUGAGACGCCGGAUAACAAGACUUCUGUGGAAAAAUCUGUGGAUAUUGGGGAGAUCAUAUUCAUAUUGUUGUUCAUCUUUUGAUUCAACUUUCUUUGUAGUGCAAUGGAGAACAAAAGAUUUGCGCCGUUUGCUUACGGCCUCGCUUUUCUUGUCUUUUUCAUUCGCACCAUCGAGGGAGACGUGAGCUACUCUAUCCCUGAGGAGAUGAAACGUGGAUCUGUAAUCGGGAAUAUAGCCAAGGAUUUGGGACUAAAUGUGGGCCAGUUAUCUGCUCGUAAAGCACGCAUUGAUCCGGAGGAUGACAACGUGCACCUCUGCGGAAUCAACCUAAACACGGGUGACUUGCUUGUUCAGGAAAGGAUCGACAGAGAAGGUCUUUGCGGUAAAAAGGCAUCGUGUGUUUUAAAACAGGAACUUGUCCUUGAAAACCCAUUAGAACUGCACCGUGUUAGUAUCCGUAUUCUAGAUAUCAAUGAUAAUUCACCACAGUUUUAUGAAGAUUCACUCAAAUUUGAAAUACGAGAAUCAGCAGUUAAGGGUGCUCAUUUUCUUCUCGGAGAAGCACACGAUGGAGACAUCGGAGAAAAUGCUGUUCAAAGCUACGCUUUGCAGCAGAAUGAUCAUUUUAAAUUAAAUGUAAACACUAAAAUGGGAGGACGAAAGAACUGCGAAUUGAUCUUGGAUAAAGAACUAGAUCGAGAAAAUAAAAAGGACAUCAUGCUUUUGCUGACCGCAUAUGAUGGCGGCUCGCCUCGGAGAUCGUGCACAGUGGUCAUCCACGUCACUGUGCUGGAUGCGAAUGAUAACGCUCCGGUGUUUAGUCAGCCUGUCUAUAAAGCCAGUCUGCCUGAAAACUCACCUCUUGAUACGUUGGUCAUCAUAGUGAGCGCAAAUGACGCAGAUGAAGGAAUAAACAGCGAAAUCUCAUAUGCAUUUGACCAUGCAUCUGAUGACAAUAUUAAUAUAUUUUCAUUACAUCCCAAAACUGGAGAAGUGAGAGUGACUGGUGUUGUUGAUUAUGAGAAAAUGUCAUCUUAUGAAAUGCAAAUAAGUGCAAGAGAUGGCCUUGGCUUAGUGUCUUAUUCAACAUUAAUCGUUGACCUUACAGAUGUAAAUGACAACGCUCCUGUAAUCAAUUUAAAGUCACUAUCGAACCCAAUAUCGGAGAAUGCGUCACCUGGUACAGAACUGGGCCUUAUUAACGUGCAGGACAGAGACUCGGAGAAAAAUGGACUUGUCCACUGCUCCAUUCAACACAAAAUGUCCUUUAAGUUAGUUCCUUCUCUUAAAAACUAUUAUUCUUUAGUGACCACUGGACAACUUGACACCGAACUUGUGUCUGAGUACAACAUUACAAUCAGUGCCACUGACGAGGGCUCACCUCCUCUGUCCUCCUCGAAAAGUGUUCACUUGUCUGUUGCAGACAUAAACGACAACCCGCCUGUUUUUGAGGAACAGUCCUACAGCGCAUAUGUGAGUGAAAAUAACAAAGCUGGCUCCACUUUAUGUUCUGUUAAUGCUCGAGACCCCGACUGGAGACAGAAUGGCACCGUGAUUUAUUCCCUUUUACCUUCUGAAGUGAAUGGUGCCCCGGUGUCCUCCUUUGUGUCUGUGAACGGAGACACGGGCGUGAUCCACGCUGUCAGGUCAUUUGAUUACGAACACUUGAGGAGUUUUCAAGUCCACGUCAUGGCCCGAGACAACGGUUCUCCUCCCUCUGUGGUGUCCAAAGUGAUCGCGGUGGAUGCCGACUCGGGACAGAACGCCUGGCUGUCCUAUCAUAUUGUCAAGUCCACAGACCCGGGACUUUUCACCAUUGGUCUCCACAGUGGAGAGAUCAGGACCCAGCGGGACAUUUCGGAGUCUGACAGCAUGAAACAGAACCUAAUUGUGGCCGUGAAAGAUAAUGGACAGCCCCCUCUCUCUGCCACCUGCUCCAUGUAUUUACUUAUUUCGGAUAACUUGGCCGAGGUGCCGGAACUGAAGGACAUUUCUUAUGACGACAAGAAUUCCAAGCUAACCUCCUACCUGAUCAUCGCGCUGGUGUCCGUGUCCACCUUCUUCCUGACCUUCAUCAUCAUCGUCCUGGGUGUGAGGUUUUGUCGCAGGAGAAAGCCCAGACUGUUGUUUGAUGGAGCAGUCGCCAUCCCCGGCGCAUAUCUGCCUCCUAAUUACGCAGAUGUUGACGGCACAGGAACUUUACGCAGCACCUACAACUAUGACGCCUACUUGACAACAGGCUCCAGAACCAGUGACUUUAAGUUUGUGUCUUCGUACAAUGACAACACGCUGCCUGCUGACCAGACUCUGAGGAAAAGUCCAAGUGACUUUGAUGAAAUUUUUGGAGAUAUUCAAGGGUCACCUGAGGUAUGAUCAAGAGUCUCAUUUUAGUUUGUCUAAUUCACAUUUUCCUGUUGGUGUUUAUUACUCAUGCUGUUGCUCAUAACCGGUGUUUGAAUCUGUCCUAGUUGCUUUUGGAUGAAAGGCAGAUAUAUUGCAGGUUGCUUGCCACUCAAUCCCAUUUACUGUUGGCCCACUUAGUCUUAGUUGUGCCAUGUCUUUCUUCUUUCUUGAUAACUUUAUAGCUUGAUUGGUUUGCUCAUGAAAUUUGAUUGCCCUCAAAGAUAAAGUUGUUGUUGUAAGUCGGGUCAUUUGGUUGAGAACAUUUUCUACAAUGGGGUAGUGCAACAGUGUUCAUGAGCCAAUAACGCUUCCUCACACAUAUGACUUCAUCUGAUCCUAACAUACUUAUUGUGCCCCAUUAUGUUCACAUUUUCUGGACCAUUUAUUGAUUUCUACCCCAGUUAUCAAACUUGACAUUGAUCCAAUAUAUACAUAUUUUUCUUAAUUAACAGUCUGCAAUAUUUUUUUCUGAAAAUUGUGACCAAGCCGGAUGAAAUUUCACAGCACAGUACUUGAAUUUGACACGAUGAAUGGUCCAAAGUGAGACUGCUAUUAUU